AUGGCAUCCUUGACUUCUUGCAGCUGCCGCUCCUCCUCUAUGUCCUACCGCUUGUCUUCCCGCUACAGCACCUCACGUUCCUAUAGGUCAGAUGAGUCCACUGAGCGGUCCAGUGACUCUCCGGACCCCCUGUUCGAGCCUCUCCCUGACACAGCAGAUCCCUACAGCCUGUUUGGAGGGGACAGCCCUGGGGCCCCCCUCUGUUUGGCCCCCUUCAGACGACACAGCCGGUCUUCCUAUGGACAUACUGGUCCAGCUGGCGGCGCUGUGACAGACCGCCAGACGAGCACGGGCGCGGUGCGUUCCCUUGGCGACAGCUACUACGUGUCAGCCGACGUGGGCCAGUUCGAGCCGCACGACGUCGUGGUGAUGGCGUUCAACCACCAAAUCGUCAUUCACGCUGAGAAGGUCCGGGAAGACGGGAGCGUUAGUGACACGUUUACCCAUAAGUCUUUGCUGCCGGAGGACAUGGACCCCUUGACAGUAAGGGGGAGCCUGAGUCCUGAUGGCAUCCUGGUGGUCGGUGUCCAGCGGACCCGUUCACCGGCGGGGUCGGAGCUCCCAGGACCCUCCAACUACACCGAUGGAGCUCACCUUUGA